UUAUGACAUGUUAAGACGGUUCGUUUGAGAUCACUUGAUACAGAGGGGAGGAUACAGUUGGGUUACCUGUGGUGUUCCUGGGAGCAGCUCGUACAGGGUACUAAUAAAGAUGGCGUUGGUACAUAGUGAGUACAAUGUUGUUAUCCCGGAGGAGGUCAAAUCUUUUCCUCGUAUGGUCCUAAAGAGAUUCGAACAACUUGGGGAUAAAGUUGCUAUAGUUGAUAGUGUAUCAGGUCGAUCCUACACAUUCAACCAGCUCAAGAUAAUGAUUUCCAAAUGUGGUUCUGCACUUUUACGCAGAGGUUUCAAGUCAAAAGAUGUGUUAGCUAUCAUCUUACCUAACAUCCCGGAGUUUCCUAUUGUGCUUUAUGGUGUGAUAUCGAUUGGAGGUACUGCGACAACACUCAACCCUAUUUACACUGUUGACGAACUCGCGUACCAGCUCAAGGACUCUGGUGCAGCGUACAUUGUAACCAUUCCUCAACUUGUCGAAAAAGUAAACAAUGCUGCAAAGAAAGUAGGAAUCAAAGAGGUGUUUGUGUUUGGUGAAGCAGAAGGAUUUGAGUCCUUUUCUAACCUGGUGUUAAGUGAUGAUGGCUCUCGUUUUCAAAUAUAUGAUCCUGUUGACUGGAAAGAUGAAGUUGUAUUUCUACCCUAUUCAAGUGGAACCACAGGGCUGCCAAAAGGAGUUAUGCUCACUCAUUACAACAUGAUCGCACAUACAUCAAUGGCUACUCAUGUAUCAUUUCUGUCAGUACCAGAAAGUGGUGGAGUUAUGCUUGGUUUGCUGCCCAUGUUUCAUAGCUAUGGCCUUGGGGUUUUAUUAGGUUUAGCACUGUAUAGUGGAUUCAAGAUUGUCUGUGUAAUUGGUUUUGAACCAGAGUCAUUCCUAAUGGCAAUUCAGAAGUAUAGGAUUGAUACUCUGUGUAUAGUACCCCCCAUAGCACUGUUUCUUGCUAAGCACCCUUUGGUUGAAAAGUUUGACUUGACUUGUGUUGAGAAUAUCUUAUGUGGUGCAGCACCCCUUGGCAGGGACUUGAUAAUCCAGCUUAAACAACGUUUGCCACGUACAGACAUCAUUAUCAGGCAAGGAUAUGGACUGACGGAAACCUCUCCUUCUUGUAUGGCAUCCACACCUGAUCUCGUCAAGCCUGGCUCGGUUGGAGUGCUCUUACCAAAUCUUAAAGCCAAGGUGAUAGAUCUCAAGUCAGGGGCCAUCCUAGGACCAGAACAGGAUGGAGAAAUCUGUAUAGCUGGUCCUAAUGUCAUGAAAGGAUACCUGAAUAAACCAGAAGCUACAGCUAAUACCAUAGACAAGGACGGGUGGCUGCAUACUGGUGACAUAGGCCAUUAUGAUAAAGAUGGACACUUCUACAUUGUGGAUAGAGUCAAAGAACUCAUCAAAUACAAAGGAUUCCAGGUCCCACCAGCAGAACUAGAGUCUGUACUUCUGUCCCAUCCACAAAUAAGUGAUGCAGCAGUGAUAGGAGUGCCUAAUGUUGAAGCUGGUGAGCUCCCUAAAGCAUUCGUUGUCACACGAUCAAACAUAUCUGAGAAGGAAGUCAUGGAUUUUGUUGCUAAGAAGGUUGCACCUCACAAAAAGUUGAGAGGAGGAGUGGAAAUGGUCGAGAGUAUUCCAAAAAAUGCGAGUGGGAAGAUUAUGCGACGUCAACUGAGAGAUCAAGAGAGGAAGAAAGUUGCAGCCCAGACAAAACACAAACUAUAACUUGUGAAAGUGACAAAUGAAAUUUAACCAUGCAUGAUUGGUAUGCCAAUAUCAAAGUAGAUGGCAUUUCCAUACUAUUUUAAAAAGAAAUUUAUACUCAAAUGACAUGACAUGCCAUAAAAUGCUCUACUUAACAUAAAUAGCCGUACAAAAAUAGUAUCUUAUUCUCAGCAAUCUCCCCUGUGCUAUAUGGAAUGAACAGCGAAUGUGAAUAAGGAAAGAAAAGAAAAAAAUUAUAUUCCGGAUAUGUUGACUGCAUAGGGAUACAAGAGAGACAGCUUGUCUACAACCUGCUCAGUACAGCCUUCAAUCUCGAAGUGUAUUGGGUGGUGUGGUCUCAUCUCUUAUAUGUGCUUGGUGAGACCACUGAUGAUAGUUUGGAAUAACUCGAAUUCAUUCAUUUUCUUAACAAUUUUCAGAACAUUUUUGUAGACAUUUUGAUGAAUAAAUGAAGCAAUGAAUACAAUGGUCAA